CCAUCAGAUGCCAGUCUACACGGUGGUCGAUUAACGGCGGAUGCUGCCCAUUCACUGUGGAACUUAUCUUCCAGUUUGGCUUCCCUCGUUGUUGCACCAUUUGACUACGUGCAUCGGAUUCUGCAAAUGGCCAGUCGAUCGUUCUCUGAAGCAUCGACACGAGGCCUGGAUUCCACCACCUUUUCCAUCGGGGUUACAAACGAUUCGUUUGUCUACACUCGUCACAGAAGGCGUCGAACCCGAACCGAUACCGAUAUUCAUGCACAUCCCCAGUACCAUCAAGUUGCAUCUCGGCCGAUCCCCGUUCACCAUCAUCAUCCGCACCACAGUCUCAGAUGCCGGUGUACCAUUCCAAAUUGUCCUACCCCCUGGACCACUCCAAUGGCCCGUACAUCCACACCGGCUUCGAUGACCAACGUUCGGCGUCCGCUGUCCACGGAUUCCUCGUCCUGUGUACGUACAGCAAGUACCACAGAUGAGACCCGAAACACGGACUACAUUUUCCAGUUUGAAUAG